UCACCGAGCAGUUUUGCGCUGUACAAUGUCGCUUUGUAUUCAGGAUAACGUGAGUCAUUUCAUGAUACAAUUUGUAUGCGCGAGUGAACGAGGGCGUAAAAAGAAACAGACAAGUAGAGACGGCGCUCAUGGAACAUGGAUUCAAACCAACUAGCCCGACAACGUGUUUUAAACCAAGUGUUCCAGAUAGCAGCGUGGCUUCUUGCCACCGCAAGUGGGCUCACCUGCAUCUUCCUGAAGGCAGCAUGGUACCGCACCAAAGACCCCACUACCGAGUUCGGCAAACUAUGCAUGGCCUUUUUUGAUCGAAUCCUGUGGUCCAUUUUCCUCAUCUGGAUCACCCUCGCUUGUGCAACUGGAAGAGGAGGCUUCCUGUGCACGUUCCUGUCAUGGAGUGCAUUCCCGCCCCUCAGCAGGCUGGCCUUCGGCGUGUACAUUGUCCACUUUCCCUUCGCACAGCUCACGAUGCACAUAUCGCGGGAACGGCUGCACUACUCGCAUUUCUUCAUUGUUUCUUUCUACUUCAGUGUACUCGUUUGGAGCUUCCUGCUCGGCUACUUCAUGUUCAUUUUCUGCGAAGCUCCAACGGGCAGAUUGGACAAACUCAUCUUCGAGGUUCGACGUGCGACAAAAGAGAAAGAACUCAAGGACGAAGUUCCCAAUGCCAACGGUGCUGAAGGGAAGAUGUCGCAAUUGGUCCACAAGUUACGAGAUUCCAAAGAGGAGUUUGUGCAACACAGCAGCGGCAAAGAGGCCUUCAGUGGCUUGAAUAACGACGAGGGCAAGCCCACAAGCUCUUAUGUAUAACGUCAGUACCAAAGGCCGCUAAUUUGUGUCAAGCUUUUUUUUAUUUUCCAAAUCGCUGAAUCCUCUUCUAUAGAUGUUCUAUGGGCACUGCAAAAAUACUUUAUUCUCGCGUCAUUCGGCGUAGAAGGGGGUUCGAGGAAUGUGCGCUUGUUGAUGUAUUUGUAAGACUGGCCUCCUUUAGUUUCUGUAUGUGAAAGGUGGUGACGGCACUACAUCUGUCUGGGCAGUUUUAACAAUUUCAUUACGGAAAGCAAGCAAAAUAAAUUAUUACUAUUAAGGUACACCUGUCAUAUACGUA